GAUGCCUUUAAGUAUACAUGUUUUAAGAACCCAAUGGAAAGCCUUUACAUCGGCUCAUCCAUUGCUGAGAGGGGCGUUAUCGUAUGCCGUUCUAUGGCCCACAAGUAGUUUAAUACAACAAACAAUAGAGGGUAAAAAUAUAAAAACCUAUGAUUAUAUGCGUGCCUUAAGAUUUGGCAUAUUUGGUGGACUGUAUGUUGCACCCACAUUAUAUGGGUGGGUAAAAUUGACAUCGGCCAUGUGGCCACAAAUGACAUUACGCGUAGGACUUAUUAAGGCUGCCAUCGAACAAUUAUCCUAUGGACCAUUUGCUUGCGCCAGCUUCUUUGCUGGCAUGUCUUUACUGGAAGGUAAAUCAAAAGAGCAAGCUGUCCAGGAGGUGAAAGAUAAAUUUGUACCAACAUUUAAGGUUGGCAUUUGCAUAUGGCCCAUAUUACAGACCAUCAACUUUUCCAUGGUACCCGAAAGACAUCGUGUAGUGUUUGUAAGUAUUUGUAGUUUAAUGUGGACCACCUUCUUGGCCUACAUGAAGACAAUGGAAAUUCAUGAGGAGAAAGAACAACAACAAAAACACUACGAUGACGAUGUACAACGGGGGAAGGCUUUGACCUUAUAA